AUGCCGAAAGCAAAACCUUCUGUAAUGGAGGUGAUUAAAAACUACAAGGAAUUAACAUAUGAGAGUGUUCGAUUGUUUUGCAGAGCUUGUGUUAAAAUGACAUCGUUGCAUCAACAGUGUCUGAAAAAUUUCACAAAUAAACCGAAACAAACAACAAUUGCAGAAUCGUUAGGAUCAACUUCUGGACAGAGCGAUCAGAGGAACUUUAAUCUUGAUUUAUGCAGAGCUAUGGUACAAUCUAACAUACCUUUGAAUAAAUUACGAAAUGAUGGAUUGAAGUCAUUUUUGGAGACAUAUUCUCACGGCUUGAACAGAGUUGCUGAAACUAUAAGGCAACAAUUUCCUCUUGUCAAUGAACUUAUAAAAAAUGGAAAAAAAGUUUUUGUCAAGGCGCAUUUGCGGGUGCAACUUUUUAAAGAACGACUACCUAAUAUUCCAUUACCACCUGAACCAGUGUUGACAAGAUGGGGCACUUGGUUAGAUGCCGCAUUAUAUUAUGCAGAUCAUUAUGAAAAUUUUAAAAACGUUAUAUUCGAGCUACCUGAGACAGCUAGUAAAGCAAUUAAAGAUUGUCAAACGGUCCUGAAUCAAAAUGAAUUAAUUAACAAUUUAUCCUACAUGAAAGCUAAUUUUAGUUUUGUCAGUACCACCAUAAAGUCCCUAGAGAAGCAAGGAAUGACAUUGGAUUCCUCCAUCAAAAUGAUUGAUGAUUUCGAAAAAGCGAUUGACAAUGUACCAGGAGCAACUGGCCAAAUAAGAAACUUCGAUAAUAAUAUAUCAUCAAAUAGUCAGACAUCUUAUGGAAAUAAUCAAUUGUAUCAUACUAACAACACUAAUUCCCGAAACUAUGCAUCAAAUUCUAAUCAAAAUCCUUAUUCUCAACAAAGAAGUGAUAAUUUUAAUAAUUUUAAUGAUAAUAAUUAUAAUAAUAAUGCAAAUUCUUGUAAUCCAAAUUUUAAUUAUGCUAAAAAUUCUAGAAAGCGAUCAUCAAACAAUCAUCAGAACUUUUAUAAUCAAAAUAAUUAUGGACAACAAAAUGAUUCUUGUAAUUUGUCUCGUAAUCAAAAUUUAUCUAGUCACAGAAACCAUAAUUUCAAUCAAUAUCGAUUCAAUCAGAAAAAUCCUAAGAGACAAAAACUAGCUAAUGCACAGUUACAUAAUAUUGAGACAGAAAAUAACUUAUUGACAAUAAAGCUACAAGCAUUGAAAGAAGAAAAGCAAACUUUAUUGAAAAAUUAUGAAAUAGAACGUAAAUUAUUCGAUAAAAUCCAGGAGGAACAUAACAAAUUGAAAGUUAAAGAAAUUAGAAUUGAAGAAUUGGAAGAAAUGAAUAAAUUAUUAAAAAAAAUAAUUGUUGAUCUUGAAAAUUUUUUAACUGAUAAAGAAGCUACUAUUGUAAAAGUGAAUAAGCUUAAACUUGCUUUGGAAAAAGACUUGAGCAAAACUCAAGAAACAUUAAAAUUUUUAGAAGAAAAACUAGAAGCCCAAGAGACAAAGAAACCCGAAUUUAAUUGUAUACAGAUAAAAGUGCGACAACUCGAAAGUGAAAAGGAAAAUUUGAAUAAAUCAUUGAAUUUAGAAUGGGAAACGUUUGAUAAGAGUUUCCACACAGAGCACGAAGAAUAUGAAAGCUAUAGAGAAAAUAUUAAUAUAAAAAAUGUUGGAUUAGCCAAAGAGAAUUUGGCAAAUAAAUGA